CGAAAUGUGGAAAGUUGCUGCAGGAGAGACUCGUACAUCUAUCGGACAGGACUAUAAAAGGCUCGUCGUACAGAGAUCACUGGGGAGUUCCAUACUUAGACGGGGAUUAUUCCUGGUGUCCACAGGGCGUGGACAUAAAGCGUGAAAUUGAACUUGAACUUAGUAAGAGAAGAGUAUUAUUAAAUCUUGGUCGUUUAGUAAAGGUCUUAGCUAAAAGCAUAGUUUUAUCAGACAUCACUUAUAUGUAUUGUUUUAUUUCCAAAAUCUUUAGGAAUAAAGUUACUCGAUUCUCGUGGUGAAGUUAUCAGAGUCUCGUCAUUCAACGGUACCUGGAUUCUACCCCUUGCGGAUCGCAACUACAGUUGGUUGCCUAUAGACGGUGGAUCACAUAGAGAACUGAGUAAGAUGAUACAACGAAGGGAGAUAUACAUUGCCGUUCUUUCGCAAAUAGUACUUGAUCGUAGUAUACUUUGUCUCUGAUUGUUUCUUUAGUAAGACAUAAGCUGAACAUAACAUAAUAAUCACCUUUAUUAUUUACAGAGUAGCUGUAAAGGCUAAUGUUAAUAAUAGGAAGAAUAAUGCUAAAAAGAUUGGAAAGGAAAAGAGGAAAGAGGAAAAACAAAACUGUGAGAAAAAGGAAUUUUAAUAAUACUCAUUACAUGCGACAAGGAGGAUGUUAUCAACAGCUUCACAUCUCAAGGGUCAUCGGGACGGUUCAAAGCACUGAUGGAGCGAGAAAUCCGACAGCCUACCGAAGACCGAGACUACUGGAGUCAUCUGGUUGCCACCUGCUGGGACAAUCCGAAUUGACCAGCAAACGAGCUUAUAUACAUGUAUUAUAAUUAUUUUUGCUGAAACGAAAUCUGACGGACUCACUUUGAAUUUGAACUCAGGUCCUCUGUUAAUCCAUUCCACAUAAUUGUUGAUGACUAUCAAAAUUAAGCUUAUUCGAGGUAAGCGUGUUAACACCUUUUGUCUUCCUUUUCAGGAAUAUUAGGUUUGAAUAAUCAAAAUGAAACAGUCGCAAGCUUAUCUCCAAACCAGCCAUUUAAGAUACCUGUGGUAGAUCACGACUACGUCUGGCUUUCAAAUGACACCAGACCUCUUCUUCAUAUAACUCUAAGUAAGGAUCUACGAUGUAUAAAUUAGUAUAUGGGCGUCGAAAGGACGAAAUAAAUUUACUGAAGGUCUUCUUUGCUCGAGUUGAAUUGUAGUAUCAAAUACCUGCCCAUGUACCAAGAUUUGAGUAUGUGCUGGGAUUGGCCUGUUAAGAAAAGCCGUUGUCAAUUUGCCAAUCAUGUUGAAGGGAACUUUGAAACGCAUUUCUGGAAGUUCGCUGAGUUCCUUGGGCGCCCAGAACAAGGAUAUCGUAACUGCCGUGGAGAAGAUAUUAGAAGGGGUUUGAUUAUGUCUUUGACGCAGUCUAUAGUAAACUUUAGCAAGCUUAGUAUAGAUACGUCUAAACAGAACAUGUUAGAACAUGUGCAUCUGUUUUAACAAACAUUUUUUGGGUCCUUCAGUUUUGUACGACUUUCAAGAGACUGCUAUAGUUUUGUCCAAACGUUUUGCCUCAGCGUUGGAUAUCCAGACGUACAAUUCGUCUGCAACCUCCUUCCAGACUAAAAUGAAAACGCCGCUUAUCAUAAGUGUUUACUUCAAGACUCUGAGUAAUUUCAUCCAUUUUUGAAUGUAUUAUUAAUUUAAUAAAAACCCAUUUUCUCUCCCGUUCCUCAAUCUUCAGAGAUCAAAGGUUGUCCAGUAUAAACGUGUAUGUUCAGGCACGAGGUGAUAUUAACAGUCCAAUAUUUCACAUAGAACUCAAUGUGCUUUGCGUACUUUUAAAUAUUAGGUCCAGAAGAAAGGGAAACAUUAGUAGCGGUCAUCUCUGUUCAAGGUAAAAAGGGGGCAAAAGAUUAUGCCGACAACUACUGUGUAGAAAAGAAUGGACCCGUUGGAAUUCAGAAUAUCACUCAAGAUUUCUCUUCUUGUUUGGUAAGAAUGUUAAGAAUUUUAACAUCCAGCUAACAGAAAACUAGUCUACUCUCGUGGUAUGUAUUGUUUUAAUAUGUACAGGCUUUGACUGUCUUCAAUGCACUUUUGAUGCAAAAGGAUACGCAGACAACUUUUGUGUUGAAAACAAUGGAUCCCUCGAAGUCUAGAAAAUCACUUAAGAUUGCAGAUGUUUGGCAAGAAUAUCAAUACUUUGUAAGAUCUAAAUAAGAGAAGGCCUGGCUUGUGUUUUUUUGCUUCUCUGCAGGUCCAAUUGUCACCCCAAAGCUCCAAUGACACAACCACUAUCCCAUUCAGUGACACCAUCAUGGCUCAAUAUCUGAAAUUUGCACCAUGGAGACCUCUCCGAAAGGAUGGUCUGUGUAUACGAAUCGACAUAUUCGAGAAUGACAAUACAUGUAAGACUCCAUUUUUCAUUUAGAUUAUUGUCAAUCAAGCAUCAUGUCCAACUAAAUCCAAUACCAACCCUCUAUGCUAUAUAUGUUUACAAUGUACCGAAUACCUUUUGUGCCGACACGAAUAUCUAGCCAUACCGGAUAGCUAGAGCUUCUGUUAAUACAUAAGAAGGGUGAUUUGGGCGCGAUUCUGUAGGGACUUUCAGUCGAUAGACACGACGGACUCGAAGAAAGGGAGGUCGCGGGUUCGAUUCAGUCUUUAUCCAGACCGAUACCUCAUUGUCUUAAAAUUGCUGAGAAAUUAAAUUCUGUAUAAGGGACCUUUCCAAGUUCAGAAAGGCUAAAUUUCGUCCUGGCUUGUUUGACCAUAAGACGUUAAAUUUGCGUUCACGUCUUGUCUCAACAACCGGCGAAGAAACGUUAAUAUAGUUUCCUCAAUUAUAGUUGUGGUUUUGUAAAUAAACUUGACAUUCUCGUCAAAUGCAUUUUCGUUGGAUCUUAAAUUCCCUUGUAACGGAGCGAAGCUGCCCCGCGCCGAUCUCUAAAGUGGCGAGUCACUUAUCGGAUAGGUGUUGAUACGACGCGAAAAGCUAUCCCGCCCGAACAUAGCCUUAAUAUGUUAGGCAAUGGCCUUUGCCCCUCCACUUGAAAAGCCCUUGAAUUUUACUUGUGGUCUUGUUCGUAGUUCUUUGAAUUUGGUUUUACUAGGGCCUUGAAAAGUCGGUUAAUUUCUUUAAGUAUUAGGUCUUGGGAAAAAAUUGAUAUUCACUACCUUGUCUAAAAACAAUUUUACUUGUGCAUGAGCAGUAUCUCACUUCUGCAGCUUAAAUGCUGUUUCUGUACCUCAGAUGCAAUAGGCCAUUUGCACGAUGGCGUCAUUUUACUACUUCGACCAGAAUCCUUUCCAUUUCUCCUUUCAUAUUUAAAUUUCGUAAUCCCUGCGAGGUUUAAAUAGCAAAAGCCCUUAUUUGCCCAAGAAAGCAAAACCCUGAAGGAUUCUGGUCGUGGUAGUAAACGACGUCAUCGUGCAAAUGGCCUAUUGCAAGUCAUACCCAGUCAUUUUCCUAAGCGUUGUUGCGGAAAGUAUUUUAAAAUAAUGUGAUCAACCAUGGCUGAAAAAGUAAAAAUAGUAAAUGACUCCGCUAAAACUGACGUGUUUUAGCCAAUGAGGUGUUCAGUAGGGGGUUAAAGAAUGGCGAUUUAUUAAAUAAAUCUUACUCCUUGAAAACUGUAAGUUGUCCUUGAAAAAUCAUUGAAAAGUCCUUGAAAUUUGUUUGUCUGAAGUUGUGCGAACCAUGGAAGACUAGAAGAGAUCCUUCGUAAUAUAAUUGCUGGUGUAAGCAAGUUACGAUUUCAGAUAUUCGCGUUUUUAGCAGUUAGAAUGCUAAAUAAUGGAUGCUUUACUUGAUUGUGUGUUUCCUUGUCUAGCUACACCCUCUUCAAUCUUGCGUAAUGGCAACUACAAUGUGACUUUCAACUACACAAGUGUUCGUGGGAAUCUCACUGAGCCACCUCUUGUGAAUUCUAAUAUUUCCUGGUGUCCAGCCGAUGAUGACCUUCUGAGAAAUCCAGUGCUUAUAGUUGAUCUGGGUGAGUCAGUUGAAUAUGUUUGUUACUCACUCACUGAUAUUUCAUAAUGUCUUUUUUAUGUUAGGCCCCGUACACACCUACCGUUUCCACUUGAAAACGGAAAGUUUACUCUCCAGUUCGGUCUAUCGUGCGAAAAUUCCCCCGGGGGGGGGGGGGGGUACCGACACUUCGAGAAACGGGCCCCAGGUCAUUAAAGUGGUCCGUAAAGUUGAAGAUGAAAUAAUAAGAAUAUGAUUUUUUUGUUAUAUUUGAACCGUGGCAUGACAUAGUUGCGUCUUCAACGGCAAUGAUCUUCUUUACAUUUAUGACACUUAAUUAUUGCAGUAUAUGUUGCUCCUUAAGUACAUAGAAUCAGGUUGUACUCUUCGUAACAUUUACAGUAGUUGCCAGAAGUUUUAAACAGUCCCACUAAGAAAGAAGCUUUCACCUUACAGGAAGACAGUUUAACAUCUCUCAAGUUCAAGUUCAAGGAGGAGUGGAAGCCAAGGAAUGGCCUUAUAAAAUUUGUCUAAGUUAUAGCAAAAACGGAAGCCACUUUGUUGAUUUUACAAGAAACAAGUCGUCUUGUUUGGUAAGAUAAGCAAAUUAUUCCAGGUCUGGUUCACUGACUUUUGACGCGCAGAUUCUGCAUAUAAGAGUGUUCGAAGACGAACUGCAACCACUUGAAAAAAUGUUGAGACACUCCGACGAAAAACCGGCCUUUCUUACUUCAAGUCGCUGCUAGUAAAACGUCCGUGGGAUGUAAUACUUAUCUCCCCCUUACUACCAUUCAAAGUGUUAGCAUUGUCUUGUAUUGCUGACAAUUUUGAUAAGGGGAGGAGGGGGAUCACAGGCACAGGCCAUUUAAGCCAAAAUAAGGUACAGUGUCUCAAGUAUUUUUGCAACUUGUUGUAGCUACUUCUAGCACAAGAGGAUGAUGAGCCGAGAAUGUUUUCUUUUUCGGCGCUAGAAAGAGCAAGUUUGUCUUCGAACUUGUGAGUAUGGACAAUUUGCGUGUCAAGAAUCCGUGAAGCGGAUCUGGUCAGGAACAAUUUGUUAGACAGUUAAAACCCGUUUACACGGGUGUCGACAAAAACUUGCACGGAUUCACCUUUCUUGACAUGGGAACCGCCAAACCGUAAAAGUUCAUGAACGGCAAACAGCAAUCUGUAAAGCCUGGUUUUCACUGGUGCAUAAGGAUAAGCAUAAGGACAUAUACACAAGCGCGGAAUAGCAUAUUUGACUCAAUCCUCGAUAACAGUUCUCCUCAACCCAAUGAUAAACAAGAUGUCGGGCCAAGCGUCCGCCAUAUUGCACUUGAUAUGUUCGCAUGCGGUCUGUGUUAAAGUGACCUAUGAUUGGUCCACGGCCUUGUGCUUAUGCUUGAGCUCAUGUCGUCCCAGGUUUCAGUAGUCAAAGGUAAGACAUAAGCAUGAGCACAAGCAUAAGAAGAACGAACUUGUCCGUUUUUCUUGUGCUUAUGCUUAUGCUUGUGUCGACCCAGUUUUCACUUGCUUACACAUGUGCUUACGCUUAUUCUUGUGCUUAUGCAACGGCGAAAACCAGGCUUAACAGAAUUUCCAAAACGGGUUGCACAAGGAGAAUUCGUCCGUUGAAAAAGUCGUUUGGACCGGUGUAAUCGGGGUUUGAAAUAGUCGGGAAAUAGGACUGGCAUAAUUACGUUACGACUCAGUGAUUUUAAGUCACAAGCGAAUUAACUCGUAUACCUUGUACAGCAUGAAUCAACCAACGGCUAUUAAUCGUCCUAAAAAUGACCAGAUGAUCUUAUCUUAACUAGAUUUCCGCGCAUUUUAUUCAUGACAUAAAGACAAAAGGCUAUGACAUUAUUGACGUUAAUGUAUUCCUUCUUUACCUAAUGAGAUUCCUGCCCAAAAAGUGUUCUAACCUUUGCGCCCUAUACUACUAAAACGAAUGAGUCGAAUGCGUCAGUCGUUUACGCAGGCUCUACCUUUCAUGAAAACCAUGCCAGUUUGACUCCCCUGCCAAUUAAGAAGAUAUGACGCAAUUUCAGUUAACCAUUGUGAUUUUACUAUGCCACUAUUCUGUUUGCAGCUGUUUGAGCAAGGCUUGAACAAUGGAAGUGGUGACACUACGCGAUCUUACCGAAUAAUUCCACCAGACCCGCUUCGUUCUUUAAGUUUUGAACCGAAAUACCCAACAUUUAACACAGGAGAUGGUUAUUGCGCAAGGACAGAACUUACAGGCUGUGUAUCCACGAGUCUGGAAGGGGAACUGGUUACUCAAGGUCAGUAUAAGAACGGUUUGAAGUAUGUAAAAAAGUAAAGAAACAAAUCUGACAGAAGUAGAACUCCUUCUUUUUUCAAUAUACCUCUUUAAAUAUAUUCUUUUAUAUGAAUGAUAAUUAGCCUUUCUGACUUCGUUAGCAUGUGCAAAAUACAAACGAAUUCUCACUUUCAAACGAGAUCAAAAAGGCUACUUAUCAUACAUAUAAAAGAAUAUACUAAUAGGCCGCCAUUAUGAAAGCGGUCUAUUGGAGCAAUUAUUUCUCCAUGACCAUUGUACGCUCGGACAUGUGAAGCUUUGCUGGGUCGAUAGCAGCGGCUAUGAACAAUGAAAGGGAAAAAACAAUAAAAUAGGGUAAAGAUCAAAGGGAGAAUUUUGGAAUUUCACGGUCUGCACAUAACGGUCUUAGUACUUUUUUUUGAUACAAAAUGUCUAAUAAAUUAGGGUUGAUUUCCAGUGUCGCGUAAUUUUCACGUGCGUACGUACGUGCGUCAAACUUACCCUCGCAAAUAAACAUAGAGGUAAUGCAUGAGAAGUCGUUGGUAAGCGUAAAAGUUAAACCUCGCUUAACUACUCGUUUAAGCUCAGUACUUGUCACCUUGACUCUAUUUUAUCUACGUGAUUAAAAUUUACGUGCGUUAACGUGAGUAGCCAAAAACGCGUCAGUGGAAAUCAACCCUUGGGUAUUUCACCGUCUAACUGGCAAGUUUUGGGCAAAUUUGAUUUCCUCCAUUCAAUAACGAUGCAUUUAAAGGGAAAGGUCUUUAACGUAUAUGAUCGGAAUUAUUUUUUCUCGAUCUUUAUCUUUGUGAUAUGUUCAACAGAAUUUCCCUAGGAAAGGAUCCAAUAAAACAAAAAGAAUGCAGGCUUACACUAAGCUAUUCAAACUAAUUAAAAGGCUUCUCACUUUUUAGAAUAACCUAAAUCAAAGGUGCACAGCAUAGAAUAAAUAAGUAGGUAACUAUUAAGUAAAUAAAUAGAUGAAUGAAAAUACAUAAAAGAAAUGAUUACUUACAAUCUAUGUUGGAUUCAGGAAUGGCAACAAACAAAUACAACUAACAACCCAGGAAGUAUCACACUUACCUAACCUCUUCGUUACCCCGCCUACCAUAUGUCAGUGAGUGUGAUUAACUUUGAGUUUGAUCUAGGAUGCUUCAAGACACAAAGAAACAAAUGCUGUGUUUUCCCCUUCUGGUAUGAAGGCAAACAGAUCUAUUCAUGCAUCAAGGACAAUAACAUUUGGCCAUGGUGUGCAACAACUGAUAACUAUACAAAAGAUCAUUUGUGGGAUACCUGUGCAGGCAAGUCAAGAACAGUAUAG